AUGCGGACCUACGUUGUCAUGGUGAUCCUGUAUCAGUGUCUGAUGGACACCUCCAGUGGACAGGUAGAAGUGGACAGCAGGCCUCCCCCCAGCCCAAAGGGAUGCACCAGCAUGGAGGAGCUGCAGGGUACCCUGCGCCAGGUCCACAAGCUGCUGUCAGCCCAUGAGGCCUCCUACCUGGAGGGUCUGCGCUCCCUGAAGAAGAAGUUAACCGUCCUGCAGAAAGCUGCCGCACGACAGGCGGACAAGACCCCCAACGGCACCUGCCCUCUGCUGGAGGCGCCCCCCAACGGCAGGAGGCUCGGCAAGGCGCGGGGGGCUGGUCACGAGGUGCACUUCGUGUGUGAGCCUGGGUACGAACUGCUGGGUCCAGAGACCAGGGUGUGCCUGCACUCCCUGAGCUGGAGCGGACAGCAGCCCCGCUGCAGGAACGUCGAUGACUGCGCUUCCGCGCCCUGCCUCAACGGAGGAGCGUGCGUGGACGCCGUGAACCAGUUCAUUUGCUCGUGUCCCAAAAGCUGGACGGGCGCAACCUGCCAGACGCCCGUCUUGACCCUGUUCAGCGCCAUGAUCAACACCUCCUCGACCGCUGCCACCCCAUCGCCGCCCUCUCCGUUCACACGCCCGGCAACGUGCGCCCAGGUACAGGGUGUCACCCGCUGCUCCUGCGAAGCUGGAUUCAGCAUUGCUGGUCGAGACAGCACCUCGUGCACAGACAUCGACGAGUGCUCGCUGUUCCACGCGGGCCGAGCCGGGCGCCUGUGUUUGCACGCCUGCGUCAACACCCCAGGGGGCUACCGCUGCACCUGCCCCGACGGCUACAACCUCGCACGGGACGGCCGGAACUGCAAGGAUGUGGACGAGUGCGCGGACAUGCGCCACGACUGCACCCGGGAGCAGCUCUGCGUCAACACGUUUGGGGCGUUCCGCUGCGUGCUCGUCGACUGCCCCCGUAUCCGCAACGCCACCUACGCCAAGACCUCGCCCACACGAUGCGAGCGGAACCCCUGCCCCGUCGACAACAAGGGCUGCCUGAAGGCCCCCAACUCUGUGAGCCACCGCUUCCUGUCGGUGGUCUCCAAAGUGUCAGCUCCUCUGCCGCUCUUCAGGAUGUCCGUGGCGAGGCGGCUGGGCGACACGCUGCGCUUCGGGCUGCUGGGGGCCCGGGGCCAGCACCUCUUCGCCGUGCGGCGCUCCGACAGGCAAACGGGAGAGCUCCUGCUGACCAGGCCUGUGGAGGGCCCCGCUACCCUGGAGGUGGACCUGGAGAUGACCGAGCUGGAGAGGGGCACCACGCUGGGACGAUACGUCACCAAGUUCACCCUCUUUGUCUCGCAGUACGAAUUCUAGGGCCAGCAGGAGGAAUCGAGGUGGUGGAGCGAAGACGGGCCACACGCUCUAGCGUUAAAACAUAAGCUGGCUUUGCAUGAAGAGGGAUGAGCGGUUGUGCCCGCUGGGUGCC